CACCUGGAUGCCAGCACUGUCCGGCCCGGUGCAGAGAGUACAGCGGCCGGCGAGCUGAAGCUAGCCAAGGAGAGGGAAGCGAGCGAGAGAGACGUCGCCUCACUGCGAUGACACCAGGCGCCGACACCGUCAUCGUCGUAGCAGCAGCAAGCCGGAGCGAGCAGGCCAGCAGCAGGAGCAGCCAGAAGCGCGCGGCGGAGGCGCCGUCCGUCCCUUCCUCCUACGUCGUCUGGGAGAAGGAGCGGUAAUUAAUCGGUUCACCGGCCAGGUGCGAAGCGAAGGACAUAUGGAGGUGGAGGCCGCCAGGUGCGAGUGCUGCGGCUUCACGGAGGAGUGCACGCCCGAGUACAUCGCCGCGGUGCGGGCCGAGUACCUCGGCCGCUGGGUCUGCGGCCUCUGCGCGGAGGCGGUGGGCGAUGAGGUCCGUCGCGCGGGCUCCGGCACCAUCACCACCGCCGAGGCGCUCGACCGGCACGGCAGGUUCGCGCGCGAGGCGCCGCGGGCGCCAGGGAAGGCCGCGGAGGAGCUCGUGGCCGCCGUGUCGCGCCUGCUCCGGCGCUGCCUCGACUCACCGCCGGCGUCUCCGGCAGCACCGCGGGGCCAGAAGGUCGCGGCGGGGACCCGGUGCCCGGACGCGGACGAUGCAUGAUUGCCCGUCCGGCUCGCCGGCCGGAGGCGAAGCUGCUAGAAGGCUUGGCUAGUUGGUGGUUGCGUACUGCUAGUGCCAAUGAUUGGAGGCGACGACGCCAAGAAUAAUGAACUUCCCAGGCACCGUGUCUUGUGCGGAUUGCCUUCCUCAAGAAUAAUCUGUGUUCUAACUGAUGAUUGCUCGAGAGAGGAGUAGUUAGGCUCCGUAUGAUCGAGCGUGAAGUUAUUACUCCUACGUAAUGUUAAUGUAUGUAGUGUAGUGUAUCCGAUUGUAACGGAGUAUUCUUCGAUCCACCACUUCCUUUCUACUAUGAUCCACCAGCUAUGUGUAAUGUUGCGUUCAUUAUCUACUUUCUUUUGCCCUAUA